AUGUCGGUUCAAGCAUGUUCAUUGGCGACCUUCGGCGACAUCGCCUUAUUUGGAGCCGACAUACUCUCCGUGCAGGCAAACCUCGUCACCAACCACAGCGCCUCGGUCCCUUCAGCGGUACGGUUUACCCAGCCGUCAGUCGAAGUGAACAACGCCAGCUUCUGCAACGUCACGGUAGCUUAUACGCACCCUGGACAGGACGACAGCAUCGUAGUGGAGGCUUGGCUCCCGGCAGCUGGAUGGAAUGGGCGUCUUCAAGCCGUUGGAGGCGGUGGAUGGGUCGCCGGCCGUUCUGCCCCCUUCUACACUGCCAUGAGCGGCGCGGUGUGGGACGGCUACGCGACCAUCACGACGGAUGCCGGGCUUGGCAAUGCCGAGGAUGCCAGCCCCUGGGCUCUUCUCAGCCCAGGCAACGUGAAUCUGUACGCUUUGCAGAAUCUUGCGUCGGUGUCGCUGGACGAUGAGGCCAUCAUUGGAAAGUUACUCAUCAAGUCGUUCUACGGGCGCGGACCGGACUACUCUUACUGGAACGGCUGCUCGCAAGGCGGCCGACAGGGACUCAUGCUAGCGCAGAGAUACCCGACGCAGUACGACGGCAUCGCGGCGGGAGCUCCUGGGAUCCAGUGGACCGAUUUCUUCCCCAGUCUGUUGUGGCCGCAGCAGUUCAUGAACAUGCUCGGUGAGUACCCUGCGCCCUGCGAGCUGCAGGCGAUCACGGCAGCCGCAGUUUCGGCCUGCGAUGGGCUGGACGGCCUCGAGGACGGAAUCAUCAACAACGUCGACGGGUGUCUGAGCAGUUUCGAUCCGUUCAAGCUGGUGGGUAGGGCUAUCAACUGCUCCGAAUCAGCUACCGUCAGCUCGGCGGCAGCGGCUGUCGUGAAUGCGACGUGGCAGGGCUUGCGGGACGCACAGGGGAAACAGACGUGGUUUGGCCUCAACCCGGGCACCGAUAUCACGGCCGGCGUUGCGGUGACCAAUUGCACGGGGUCAUCUUGUGUGGGGGUUCCGCUGGCCAUUGCAACGCAGUGGUUGUCUCUCUUCGUGGCGAGGGGCGCGGAGCUGGAACUGUCUAAUAUGAGUCAUGCGGAGUUCGACUGGUUGGCGCACCGGGGCCGCCAGCGAUACAAUUCCAUCAUCGGCACCGACGAUCCUGACUUGACUGCUUUUCGUGAAUCUGGCGGCAAGAUUGUCACUUUCCACGGCCUGAUCGACGAGCUCCUCCCUUCGAAGGGCACUACCAAGUACUACAAUAAAGUCUCGGCACUCACUCCAGAGGUCCAUGAUUUCUACCGUCACUUUGAGGUGCCAGGCAUGGGCCACUGCGCCGGGGGAGCGAGCGGAAACCCGGUUGGUCUAUUCGACCAGCUGCGUGCGUGGGUCGAGAACGGAACGGCACCAGACCAAACCCCGGUAAAGGUCACAGAUCUGAAGGGGACCGAGACAGACCGCAUCCUGUGCCCCAUCUAG